AUGAGACUUUGCGUAGAUUACCGACAGUUAAAUAAAGUCACUAUCAAGAACAAGUAUCCACUUCCACGAAUAGAUGAUUUGAUGGAUCAGUUAAAAGAAAGAGAGCAUGAAGAGCAUCUAAGGGCUGUAUUGCAGAUACUGAGGACUCGAAAGUUAUAUGCUAAACUAUCAAAGUGCGAGUUCUGGACAGAGAAGGUGGCAUUUUUGGGACAUGUUAUAUUACAGGGAGGAAUUGCGGUGGAUCCUUCAAAAAUUGAAGCAGUAGUGCAAUGGGAACCACCUACGACCGUUACAGAAGUUCGGAGUUUUCUCGGACUUGCUGGAUAUUACCGGAGGUUCAUCAAAGGAUUUUCACAGAUAGCCUUACCUUUGACUUACCUUACACGAAAGGAAGUUCCGUUCGUUUGGACGGCUGAGUGUGAUAGAAGUUUCAAGAUGCUUAAGGAGAAGUUAACAACUUCACCUGUAUUAGUACUACCCGACCCACAGAAACCUUUUGAAGUAUACUGUGACGCCUCUCAUAAAGGACUUGGAUGUGUGCUGAUGCAAGACAAAAAUGUGGUGGCUUAUGCUUCCCGGUAG